GCUUGUUCUUGCGUGUCUGUUGGAUUUUCUCUUGCUCUUCCAUAUAGCGACCUUGCUCUGGCCUCUUGUCUAGCAUCGCUUCAUGUAAAUUAAUUGAUUGCUUCACAUUGCGAAUAUGCCGGACUCUUCGGUGGGGCAAGUGAUUUCGUGGUACAUCUGUACUAUCAUACCAUGCUUCUUCCUGUUUCUGCGACUAUUCAGUCGAUGGCAACGCUUCGGUCGGCUUGCCAUUGAUGAUUGCUUCCUCAUCCUCGCGGCGGCAUGUCUCAUUGGCGACCUUGCCAUUCAACAACACAUGUGGAAUCUUGGUCUAGGAGACAUGGCUAAUGCGAGUCAAGAGGACUUUGUUGGCAUUAUGAAGAUGAUUGUACCCGGCUCAGUCCUCUACGUCUCUUCUCUCUGGUGCAUCAAAUUCGCUCUCGUCAUCUUUUACAAGAAGCUCGCCGCACCGGGAUCCAAGAUGCAGAUCGCUUACAACUUUGCGCUCGCCGGACUGGCUGUCACAUUCACCACAAUCUUCUUUGACAUUUUAUUCCAAUGCUAUCCAUACGAUAAGAGGUGGUCUCACGACCCUAGCUAUCAAUGCAGCCCGAAAGCUUCAAGGAUCAACUACUGGAUCACCAUUUUGUUCAACAUUUUCUCCGAUCUCAUCAUCAUCUGUCUUCCCAUUACUAUGGUCAUGAAGCUUCAGAUGAAGUUGAAGCAGAGAUUGGCAGUUGCGUUCAUCUUUGCUCUCGGUGGUUUCGUCAUCAUUGCCAGCAUCAUUCGUGCCAUUUACUCUUGGCAGAACAAGACAAUGUUGACCUGUACUGUAUCCAUGGUAGAGAACGGCGUCGCCAUCAUCGGUGCCUGUCUGCCCGCUCUCCGCGCCAUUUUCCUCGGUCAACCUUCCACUGCAGGAAACAGCGGCAGUUACGCAAAACAUUACGAAUUAUCCUCGAAUCAGAGGAGAAAUCCUCAAGCCAGAAACACCACGAAUUUCACAUCUUCGACCAGCAGACCAGGCAGAAGUGGUUCGGUGGACUCGGAUGAGGAACUUGUGAGGAAUAUGCAGGCACAUGGUCAAGCACAGCCAUAUGUUUCUGCACAAUCGAGUUUGUCAGACGACAAAUCAGCUGGUAUCAUGGUUGCUACCACAGUUGAUGUCGAUCACAAGGAUCAGGAUAGUGUGAGCUCAUUGCACAGUCCAUAUGGAGCUCAUAGAGUCUGA